AUGAUGAAAGGAUGGACCAAGCGUCUCGGACGCUCUAAAAGUCAUAGCAAAGGAAAGAAGGAAGGAACCAGCGAAAAGAAAUCGUCCUCAAGUUUAAGGACUGAAUCUUCCUCUUCCUCGCUUAAAGGUGAUAUUCGUGAAAAGGAAAUAAAAGAUCGAGACGCCCCCAAGUCAGCUCAGUCUUCUCCGCAACCGCAAUCCUCACCUCAACAACCCUUGCAGCAACCACAACAACAGCAGCCUCAAACACAACAACAACCCUCUCAACAACAACAACAACAGCAGCAGCAACAACAGCAACAGUCGCAGCAACAGCCAUCGCAGCAUCAGACCUCUCAAACUCAUUUGCAACAAGCUCAAUCUCAACAACCUAAUGCAAGCUUUUCAAGCCAACAACAAAAUCAUGCAACCAAUUCUUCUAAUAACAGAAUACCCAACAGAGCUGCUCCCAAUGAAUCUACAAAUGUUUCUCAACCAUUCCAAUCUUCACAGCAUGUACAACAACAGCAACAACAUCCCCAACAACAAUACCCAAUUUCUUAUGGAAACACCCUACCUCCCUCUUCUCAAAGGGAUGCUCAAGAAAACGGCUUUCAACAGUCUCAAGAUCAGCAACAGCAGCAGCAAUACAUGAUUUAUGACAACUCUCAAAUGCAAAAUCAAAUCUACGCUGAUGGAAACGAUUCGCUUUCGCCUCCUUAUCACCAUUUGUCUCCACCAUCACUAAUAGUAAACCCCUCGGCUCUUGGGCUCGCACCCCCUCCUGGAAGCACAGAAACAAUGCCCCAUGAUCUGGAGGCAAUAUCAUUUAAUAAAAAUGGCCCUCCCAGCCCUGGUCGUCUUUCGUUUGAACGAUACAGUAUUGACGGAAUAAAAACACCCAAACGCCACAACUCGUCACGAUUUGAAAUUUCGGAACGACGCGAACUUUUCCCCUUACCUUCUCUUAAUGAGGUAUCUCUUGGCGAACGUGAUGACCUCUUUUUGAAAAAGGUGGAUCAGUGUGCCGUAAUGUUUGAUUUCAAUGAUCCAUCUUCGGAUAUCACGGGAAAGCAAAUUAAGACCGAGGCCCUUCAAGAUUUGCUUGACUACAUCACUUCCAACCGCGUUCAAAUUACCGACCAGAUGUAUGCUAGUGUCAUUCAAAUGUUUGCUAAAAAUCUUUUUAGACCGAUUCCUCCUCCAGUAAACCCUGUUGGUGAACUUUUUGAACCAGACGAGGAUGAACCCAUUUGUGAGGUAGCCUGGCCUCACAUGCAGAUUGUUUAUGAAUUCUUUUUAAGAUUUAUCGAAUCUAGCGAUUUUAACCAGGGCAUGGCUAAGCGGUACAUUGAUCAUGCAUUUGUUCAAAACCUUUUGGAGCUCUUUGAUAGCGAAGAUCCUCGCGAGCGCGAUUUCCUUAAGACAACCCUUCACCGCAUUUAUGGCAAGUUUUUGAAUUUGCGCGCUUUUAUCAGAAGGUCUAUGAACAAUGUCUUUUUCCAGUUUAUUUACGAGACGGAACGAUUUAAUGGUGUUGCCGAACUAUUAGAGAUUUUAGGCAGUAUUAUUAACGGGUUUGCCUUGCCACUUAAGGAAGAACACAAGGUUUUUUUGAGUCGUGUUUUGAUACCAUUGCACAAGGUGCGAUGCCUGGGUGCAUACCAUUCGCAAUUGGCCUACUGCAUUGUACAAUUUUUGGAAAAAGACCCCAGCUUGACGGAGGAGGUUAUUAUGGGCCUUUUAAGAUAUUGGCCUAAGGUUAGCAGCCCUAAGGAAGUGCUGUUUUUGGUGGAAAUAGAAGACAUUUUUGAAAUCUUAGAGCCGAGCGAGUUUAUUAAGAUUCAAAUCCCUCUCUUUGUUCAGCUUUCAAAGUGCAUUGCAAGUCCACACUUCCAGGUUGCUGAACGUGUGCUGUACUUUUGGUCUCACGAAUACUUUUGCAGUUUGGUUACUGAAAACUCCGAAACUAUUCUUCCCAUCAUUUUUUCAGCUUUGCACGAAAAUGCAAACAAUCAUUGGAACCGCUCUAUUCAUGGAAUGGUUUACAAUGCUAACAAGCUUUUCAUGGAUACAAAUCCUUUGUUAUAUGACCAAUGUGCUAUUCUGUACAGACAGUCGAGAGAAGCUGCGGAAUCUCGUGAGCAAAUACGGCAGAACAACUGGAAGGCUCUUGAGGACCGUGUUCGAACCAUUCAUUCACAACCCCAGCAGCAGCAACCGCAGCAGCUGUUGCAGCAACAACAGCAACAAAUACAACCACAACAGCAGCAACAAAUAUUAUCAUACCAACAACAACCCCAGCUGUCACAAUACCAGCAACAGCAACCAAUCCAACUACCACAACAGUACCAGCAACAGCUUCCUCCUCAACAAGUUUAG